AUGGAAAAGCCUCUGUUUUAUUCACUGAUAGAGAACUGUUGUCUGCCAAUUGCUUUCUCGGCCGUUGGGGGUUCCCCAACACUCAGUCAACUGUCAGCCAGUAAGCUCAAUUCCCUCUCUACUCUAUCCUUCUCUCUCUCUACUCUAUCCUUCUCUCUCUCUCCUCUAUCCUUCUCUCUCUCUACUCUAUCCUUCUCUUUCUCUCUCUACUCUAUCCACUCUAUCCUUCUCUCUCUCUCUCUCUAUCCAUCCCAUCCUCUCUCCACUCUCUCUCUAUCCUCUCUCUCCAUCUCUCUCUACACCCAUCCUCUCUCUCUCUCUCUACCUCAUCCUCUCUCUCUCUCUACCCCAUGCUUCCUUCUCAUCUCUCUCUCUCUCUCUCUACUCCAUGCCUCUCUCUCCUCCCAUGCUUCUCUCUCUCCUCCCAUCCCAUGCUUCCCCUCCCCAUCCCCACCCAUGCUCCCCUCUCCCAUCCCACCCUCUCUCCCCAUCCCCACCCAUCUCUCCCAUCCCACUCCAUGCUUCUCUCCCAUCCCCACCCUUCUCCUCCCACCCCACUCCAUCCCCACCCCAUGCCUCUCACCCAUCCCACCCAUGCUUCUCCCCUCUCUAUCCCAUCCCCUCUCCCCAUCUCCCACUUCUCUCCCCCAUCCCCACCCAUGCUCUCUCUCCCCAUCCCACCCAUGCUUCUCUCUCUCCCUCACCCAUCCCCAUCCCCACCCUCUCUCUCCAUCCCACCCAUCUUCUCUCUCCCCAUCCCCACCCAUGCCUUCUCUCCCCACCCAUGCUUCUCUCCACUCCCAUGCCUCCAUCACCCAUCCUAUCUCUACCCCACCCAUCCCAUCCCACCCAUCUCCAUCCCACCCAUCUUCUCCAUCCCACCCAUGCCUCCAUCCCCACCCAUGCUUCUCUCUCUCCCUAUCUCCCCAUCCCCACCCAUUCUCUCUCUCUAUCUCCCACCUCUCUCUCUCAUCCCUAUACUUCUCUCUCUCCAUCCCUACCCAUGCCUCCAUCCCUCUCUCUCAUGCCUCCAUCCCCACUCUCUCUCUCUCAUCCAUCUCUACUCUAUGCUUCUCUCUCUCCCAUCCCCACUCAUACUUCUCUCUCUCUCCAUCCCCACCCAUGCUCUCUCUCAUCUCUCUCUAUCUCUACUCUAUGCUUCUCUCUCUCUCUAUCUCUACUCUAUGCUUCUCUCUCUCUCUAUCUCUACUCUAUGCUUCUCUCUCUCUAUCUCUACUCUAUGCUUCUCUCUCUAUCUCUCUAUCUAUCUCUCUAUCUCUAUCUCUCUCUCUCUCUCUAUCUCUAUCUAUCUCUCUCUAUCUCUCUCUAUCUAUCUCUCUCUCUAUAUAUAUAUAUAUAUAUAUAUAG